AUGAGCCUCGCUGAAUCGCCGGCGUUGAAGAGGGGACAGCAGCUGUCGACAGCUGGCGACGUCGCCUACAACAGCAGCUUCCGUGCUCCCGCCUCUCGGCCUGGCCAAGACGCGAGCUUGGAGCCCACCAUGGACACGGGCAGCAGCACAAAGACGAGCACGAGCGCCAGGGGCAAGAAACGAUCCCUGUUUGGCUUUGGCAGGAAAAAGGAAGACGGCCCAUUGAUGCCGCAGAGCUGCAAAGCCACCGACACGCAGCCCGACGCCGACGCAGCCCGAGUCGCCCACAUGACCAUGACCGCCAAGGCGUCGACUUCGACUACGACGUCCACAACACCCGCCAAGUCUCCCACACGCGCGCGCACCGCUGAGCAUGCCGUGCUUGUGCUCCCAUCCUCGCCGAGCCGCGCCCUCUGCAGCUCCUCCCCGCGCGUCUCCUCACCGGCCGGCUCGCAGAUUUUCGAGAGGGACGUCCAGGACAGCACCGUGCUCAAGCCCAGCUCGCCCGCCAUCCCGACCCACAUCCAAACCGAAAACUACAUACCCCCCGUGCUCGACGAUGCCUCGGAAGCCAUCACCAACGACAAGCUGGAUCCCGACUCGGUGGAAAUCGUUACACAUUCGUCACACCAGCCCGCGUCGGUGACUGUCACGGGGGCCGCAGGGGGAGCAGCAGCAGCAGCAGCAGCAGCAGCAGCAGCAGCCACGUCACCGUAUGACAUGGCCUCGGAGUGGGCGGCUGAGCUGGCAUCCUUUGCCGACCGAGUCGGCCUGCCCCCCGACAGCGCAUCCAACUACGGCUCCCUGGACUCUGCCGACGUGCGGCGGCUGUCCUUCAUCUCGUUCGCAGACGUGGUGCAGGCCGAGCAUAGCAGCCAGAUGGGCGGCCCGGUGGGCUCCAAGGACAGCGCCCACAUGGCCGGCUUGACCUCGUUUGCCUCGGCCGCGCUGAACCAAUCUCCCUCGCCCGUCCGCUCUCCGGUCUCGAGCCAAGGACCGGGCACGAGCCCGCCGACAAGCAGCCCCGGCAGCAUCAAGGGGCUAGAGAUGAGCCCCCCGCGAAGGCCACUCGGCAGCCCCAACAAGCCCGCGCCGCAAAAUCUCGCAGCCCCCGGCGGCGACCUCAACAUUGAAACCAUGCGCCAAGCCUUGCGGCGGACCGGAAGCACCGACCUGAGCAGUUUCCGAAGCUUCCCCACCAGCCCCAUCGAGGGGCCCGGAUCUCGAUGA